UAAUUAAGUUGCCGAAACAUUUUGAGGCGCUGAGCCUUGCUUUCUGUAUGUGAAGUUACAACUUAGGCUACAGCUUUGACAGCCGCGCGUGCUGACGGGUGGAGCCAGCGUUUCUGAUUUUAGUACAAAAGAGCAGCCAGCUAACUGACACAACGACGACCAGAUCAGUCAGACAACACCUAAUAUGAUCAGGAAAGACAGUUGGACUAAGUUCGUAUGCGUCUUUUAUUCUUUCUGACUUGGUACAGCUACCUUACAACUGGCUGUCAGCCCCUCGUGAAACUGGAAAUGCGUCGCGUUUGAUCUUCACCCCUAAAGUGGACGUGAUCAUCAGCAAUAAGGUAUCAUUAUCAAUACAUGGGGAGAAGCCCAUGGACUUAAGUGUGAGCCAGAGGCUGUUACAUCCAAGCCAAGAUUCGGCCAUGCUGGCCCCCCGCCCUCCCUUCUUCCUGGGACACCUCACUUCUCAGCAUUGCUCCCAGUUUUCCCAGCAGCACUUGCAGUAUAAAAUUGAACAAAAGCAAAACGAGAUGGAGGGGAAAAGUGGAGAGCUACAACAGCUGAUACGAAAGAGUAAAAAUGAGCAGAGUGCCGUGUCCAGUCCUCUGGUAAGGCAGAAACUUCGGGAACACAUAAUUAUGAAGAGCCAGCCCACUCAUGACAGGGUUACUCCAAACCACAACCACAGCAGUCCUUCACCAGCAUACAGGCUUCCAGUUCCUGACAUGUCCCCAAAGCCUCAGCCUACACCCUGUGACCAGCGUAAAGACCUCUCUCUGCGCAGGACAGUCUCAGAGCCCACUCUGAAGUGGAAGUUAAAGAAGCUCAUCAGUACAAGGCCAAACCCACUGCAGCGUAAGACCAGUGCCCCUCCAGCUGUGAAGCACAGGACAGAAACUCUGGACUCCUCUCCCAGCAGCACCCCAGCCUCGGGGAGCAGCUCACCCAACGACAGCCUCCAUUCGGAUAAUGGGGCCCUCCCAUUGGCUCAUGAGGCACAGAGGUUGCUGCUGAAGGAUGGUAGUUUGGCUCAUUUCACCUUGCCCCCCAACCCCACUGCCAUGCCCAACAUCACUGCCGGACUUCCUGCACAGGCUGACCCGCGUGUAGCAAGGCCAUUCGCUGUAUCUGCUUUGCAUCAGGUCUACCUGCCUCUGGAAGGAAGCAGUCCAGCCAUGGCUCAGCGCCUGCCUGUGCUCAUUGUGGAACAACACACUGGACUGUUGCACUCCCAACUUGUCUCUCUUCCUGGUUUGAGCUCCAUUCCUUUGCUGCAGCAGCAGCAGCAGCAGCAUCCUCACCAGCAGCAGCGUCACCUUUCCAGAAGGGAAGGCUUGGUCACUUUGCCCUCCCACAGACCCCUGGAGCGAACACGCUCCGAGCCUCCGCCCUACAGCCACUCGCCCCUUACUCUGCAUACCAGCCAUCACUCACACAAUCAGCACCACCUGACCCAGCAGUACUACAAGAGCGGGCUGGAAAGGUUCAAGCCGAAUGCACAGCUGAGCAAGCCGACAAGCAAGUCCAUUAAGAAGCCUCGUCUGACACAGAUCCCAUCGGAGGAGAUGGACCUGGAGGAGAUCGGAUCAGGAUCUGGUUCAGGGCCAGGAUCCGUGUGUGGAUCAGAACCGGGCUCAGUGUGUGAAGACAGCUACUGCAGGAGACAGAGCACUGCCAGCACAGACUCAGUUUACGACACAGAGUCCACUACCUCUUCACGGGAGAGCUUGAUCGAACCCUCACAUUCUCUCAGUCAGAGGCAGGUGAUCCUUAGAACAGGUCUCCAGCUGGACCCUCUAGGUGUACCUGCUCUCAUUUGGCCUCACCAGCCUCUGGUUCGGACCCAGUCCUCCCCAGCCUCCACCUCCCUGCCUCCUCCUCAACAUCCACCUACCACCAUACCUUCCCUAUCUCUGACCAGCCCUGCUGCAGACAUCCAGCUACGCUUCACCACAGGUCUUGUUUAUGACGCUCAGAUGCAAAAGCACCAGUGUACCUGUGGGGACAACAGCCGCCACCCUGAGCAUGCUGGGAGGGUCCAGAGCAUCUGGUCCAGACUCCAUGAAAGAGGUCUCAGGAGCCAGUGUGAGCGUAUCCGCAGUAGGAAGGCCACUCUAGAGGAGCUGCAGUCAGUCCAUUCUGAGAAGCAUGUGCUUCUGUUCGGCACCAACCCGCUCAACCGCCUCAAGCUGGACAACCGCAAGCUGGCUGGAAUCUUAUCUCAACGGAUCUUCGUGAUGUUACCAUGUGGAGGAGUUGGGGUAGAUAUCGAUACAGUCUGGAAUGAACUUCAUACAUCAGCAGCUUCCCGUAUUGCUGCAGGAUGUGUCACAGACCUGGCACUGAAGGUGGCACAGGGAGAGCUGAAGAAUGGCUUCGCAGUAGUGAGGCCCCCUGGACACCAUGCAAACCACUCCUCCCCUCUGGGCUUCUGUUUCUUCAACUCUGUGGCUAUUGCUGCCAAACAGCUCCAACACAAACUCAACGUCAGCAAGAUCCUCAUCGUGGACUGGGAUGUUCACCAUGGCAACGGCACCCAGGAAGCUUUCUAUAAUGACCCAAAUGUGCUGUACAUCUCCCUACACCGCUAUGACGACGGCAACUUCUUUCCUGGUAGUGGACACCCCAGUGAGGUGGGAGCAGGUGCAGGCGAGGGAUUCACUGUGAAUGUAGCAUGGACAGGGGGUUUGAACCCCCCCAUGGGUGACGCCGAGUACCUGGCUGCAUUCAGAGCCGUGGUGAUGCCCAUUGCCCACGAGUUUUCCCCAGAUGUGGUGCUGGUGUCAGCUGGCUUCGAUGCUGUGGAAGGACACUCGUCACCACUGGGAGGCUACAAGGUCACGGCCAAGUGUUUUGGCUUCCUGACCCGUCAGCUGAUGUCACUGGCCGGGGGUCGGGUGGUACUGGCUCUGGAAGGGGGACAUGACCUCAAAGCCAUCUGUGAUGCCUCUGAAGCCUGCGUCAGCGCCUUGCUGGGCAUGGAGGUGGAGCCUCUGUCGCAGUCCGUGUUGGACCAGAAGCCUUGUGAAAAUGCUGUCCAGUCGCUGCAGAGAGUCAUCCAGGUUCAGGGUGAGUACUGGCAGAGUGUGAAGGAUUCUGCCGCCACGGUGGAUCUUUCCUACCUGCUGGCGCAGAGACGACGGCUGAGACGAGACUCGGACAGCGAGGCCAUCAGCGCCAUCGCCUCGCUGUCGAUGGGAGCUAUCACCUCUGACAAGAAACAGCCGGAAAAACUAACAGACAAAGGUGAUUCCCGCUGAAGAAGGAGUCUCCUGUCCGUUGCCUUCAACCAAGUCUCAAUGGAAACAGACACACACACACACACACAUAGAGCUAUGCAUUUGGACAUCACAGGAAGCAGGUGUCCUCCUGAGUUCGACCACUGUAUUCAUCACCUCACAAAAACUCCUCCACCUGCAUUACUACUGGCUGCAGUCUGACCACUCUGAUUCAAACACACACUGAGGAACAACAUUCAUAUUCUCAUGACGGCUCAACUGGCUUUUCCUGAAGAAGAACUGGCCUCUGAGCUGAGAAAAGGCUGAAAAGAAAGACAACCAGAUUAAUGAAGGAUCGUCACUCUCUUGUAGCAGUGGGAGCUGAGAACAUGAUGUAGCAUGAACACACACUUGACAAAGCGCAGCCCUGCAACUUUAAACAUUCACCUUGUGGAAGACUCCCACAAGGCCCGCGAGAGGCCGCUCAGACUCUCGUAACCUUGAAGGCAGGGUCGGAGGUUGCCUCGGCUUACUGGAGCCAAUCACUCAGAGCGGAAGGAGUCGUCCCCGCAGGACGUGCCGGUGAAGGAGAAGGAGAGCAGACAUAUCCUCUGCACUUAAAGCGCAUCCCGCUGUGAUGACGUCAUUUGUCUGCACGUGACAAAGAUCCAAUGAAGGAAAAGUUUCUGAUCAUUUUGCACUGUACUGUUCUGUAAUGUGAACCGGACAAGAUGGAAGAGACGCAGCCACAUCGGCCAUGUUGACAAUCAAACAUCUUGUUUGCUCUUAUUUUUAGCCUAUUUGAAUAUUCAUUCGUUUGACCUGUGGCACACAUUUUUCUGAACAUCAGAACGAGAUCAAGUAAGAGUGAAGCUACAGUGAAGACUGAGAUACAUAUGUUUUAUAUCGUUUUGUAUGUCCACAUAUUUUCUUAAAUCUUUUUUUCUUUCUUUCUUGGCCGGUCGGUCGAGCACAUGCAGCAAAACUGUAGAUCACUGCAGUUAUUGUUAUCGCUCCCCAGCAGAUAAAAGGCGACACAGCAGUCUUUGAUGAAACGCAUCUUAAAUGUGUAGACAUACUGUAGUUUGCAUCGUGACAUUUGUUACAAUGAAGAGCUAAUACAUCUAGUCAUUGUCGUAUCAAUAUCAGGGGAGAAAGUAAUCACUCUGAAACGCUCCUUAAAGAGAUUCUGUAUACGUCAGCAAAGACAGAAAUCACCCAUGGUGCCUCAGUGCUACUUGAAUCCUCAGAAAUGAUUGUAUAUGUGACAAUGCAGAGCCCACCUUCUCUGUCAGGAAAUCUCUUCCAAAGACUUUUUGACAAUCACACACUUAAAGUGCACUUACAGUGCCCUCAGGAAGGUAGGAGUGACUUGGGUCUUAAAUUCUGAACGUUGAUAGUAUUUGUUAAGUGGACCAGUGUUUCUAUCAGUGGAUGAGCAUUCCUGCUGUAUUUUAUAAAUGUAUUUUAUUCUUUCAUUUCUUUCAUAACAAGUACGAACUGAACUUUGUUUGUCACUGACGUAGCGGCGUUUGUCGGGGACGUUUUGCUCCCCCGGACCAAACAGCGACAUUUUAGCAGUAAAGAUGAAGCGAUAAUACUGAGAUAGUUGAAUAUCCACACAGUACAAUUGGACACAGGUUAAGCCCAACCAAAGUUUAUGAGAACAAUGUGCCGUUCCUGGACUGGCAUGGCUUAAAGAACUUCAAAGACUUUGAGUUUGUGAAUGUUUCUUUUUUCUAUCCAAACAGUUGAACAGAACUAAAAGUACAGGACGGAUAUAUAAACAAAUUCAUUUCUCAAAAAAAAAAAAAUCUACAUUCAGAUUCUGUGUCUUUGAAGUGCUCUUUGCAUGUCUAACACAAUAUUGACGGUGCUAUGGAUUUUUUUAAGACAGUAUGUUUGCUUUCUUUCUUUCUUUCUUUAUGUUGCAUUGUGUAUGCAACUCAAAACCUGUCAAAUAUUUGUACAUGCAAUGAAAAUGUGAAAACAAGUGACGGUGAGAGAGCGCAGAGCAGUUCCAGCUGCAUAUCAUGUAGGAAAGUCCGACAGAGGAGUGUAGCUUUAAGUAAUUUUACGAGAACAUUCAUGAGAGUGACCUGACCUAUGUAAUGUCUUAGAUAUUGUCUUAAUUAAUGCAAAUGACUGAUUUUUGUAUUUGAUAUCAAAAAUUAACCCUGUGCGUACUUAGAGACCAAAUUAUCAGCCCGCGUGCCUUGAAGUAUCAUGUUGACCAACCUGUGUGAGGGUAGCCUUAACAAACUGGAUAAUUAAAACUGCAGACAAAGUCCAGUUUUCUCAUUACUGACUCUCAUUUUGUUUCUGUACAGUGUAAAUAAUGACUGGGGUUUUUUUUGUCUGCCUUUGUCUUUUCUACUAUUUUUGUUUCCAAAAAAAUCCUUAUUAAAGGUAAAUUAUAUACAUUUGAAAAAGAUAA